GGCAAAUAACAGUUUCAUAUCCCGUACGCCUCCUCUACGCUAAAUAUUCAAGCAGUACUAAAUGUAAAGGCAUGUGUAAAGCAUGCGUAAAAGCAUGUAAAACAUGCGUCAAUCGUUACCAUGGUUAUAAGCAACAAAUCCGUGCAACAACAAAUCCCUCAGGCGCACAGAGUGAACAGAAGUCAAUGUCGAGAGCUCUUCCGAAAGACGACCAGUUCAAAGCGGCGGCGGCUGGGGACCCCGAAUGGCUGACCCUCAGCCUGAAACACGCGGUGGCACUGCUGGACACAGACGAACACGGUGUGUCUGCGCUCCACGUGGCCUGUCUCCACGGUCAGUUGACGUGCGUAAAGCUGCUCCUGGAAUCCGGCCUCGUGGACAUCAACGGCGGCUGCGGUCAGGGCAGACGGCCCGUCCACAUGGUCCUGUCCACCCAGAGCUCACCCAACACCUCCGCCUGCCUCGAGUACCUGCUGGACCGCGGCGCUGAUGUCAACGUCUCUACUACCUCCGCGGUCACCCCGCUGCACUCGGCAGCGGCCGAGGGCAUGCUAGCUUGCACGAAGAUGCUGGUGCGAGCCCGGGCGGACGUGCACGCAUGUGACAAGAACGGGCACACCCCACUGGACAUGGCACGCUCCUACUGUCACAGGUUGGUGGCACGGUAUCUCAAAGACUGUAUGUGGAAAGCCAACAAAAAGAGAGAGCUAGAGAUGAAGAGGCAGGUGCCGAUCCUCUACCGGGACCUAGUGCUCAUGAGCAAACUGGACGAAGGCAGAGAGAAAACGAGGAGGCGGGCGUUGAUUGAGAAGAAGACGGAGGAGUGGGCUAGCAGGAAAGGCCUAGGGCCCCCCCCGGACCCGCCGGCCAGCAGCAGCCUUGUCAGCCAGUUCCACCGGCAGUGCCUCCUCUCUGAGCCUCCAGAGAGCCGACCCAAGCCUCGGGCCCAGACACGGGCGCAGCAAGGAGACCCUAGGCAGCGCUGGAACACCUCGACCCACACCACCAGGUCGCCUCCUCCACCCCCGACCUCCGUCUCCAAACCCCCCCAGGCGGUCCGCAUGGACGACCAACCCACGGAGAGCCCCUCUCCGGAGCCGGACCUGCGGGGCUGGGUCACCCUGUCCAAGGCCACCGACGGGGGGCACCACCACGAGUACACCACCCGGUGGGAGAGCUCCCCCUGCCGGGCCCCCGACCUGCCGCUGGACGCCCUGGAGAGGGGCCUGUUCCCCAGGGCCUUCCCCGGGAGGAUGGCCUCCCCGCGGGACUACCGGCCCUGGAGCAUCCUGGACCAGCCGCGCCUCGGGGUCCCCCCAGGACAGGGCGGCGCCUCCCCCUGGACAGAGGUGGCGCUGCACCUGCCGGACGUCCUGGAGCCCGGACACUACUGAGCCAGCGAGGGGUUCUGAGGAACAACAAGGCCCCUGGGGCGUCGUUUGUAAGUCUUAUUUUAAGGAUCAUCUUGUAUUUAGCCUGAAAAAUGCCUAAGUCAAUUAGAUGAAUGGGGCAGGUAGUGAUUAUGGAAUGUAAAAAGCACUCUUAUUGGAACACAGGGGUGAUUCAGGAGCGGAAGUAGAGUAGAGUUAGGUUAGAUAUCACAAUUUGGCAAAAAUAUGAAUAUAUGCAAUAAUGCUAAGAGGCUAACAAAAUGCUUGUGUUCAGUGUGGGUGGUUGAUGGCUGGUUUAACCAGCUUCACCUGGCCCAAGACAGACUGAUUGGACUCUAGUGGCUGGGUGAGGCUGCACACCUGUGAUCCAUUGACCAAUCAAUGCACCCAGGUUGAACCAGCAGUCACACACACAGUAGAGAGCCCAGAAAAGCCACCUAGAGGUGGAAGGGAGCACUGCUACAAGAGGGGAUGCAUUUCUCAAGAAGAUAUUUGCCAACUGUUCUAUGACUUUAUAUUCAAAGUAGAAACUAAGAAUAAUCGUUUCAAUAAAAAGAUCACAAAUAUAGUGUAAUUGAUAUAACUAUAAAAAUAAACGAUGUAAACGAAACAAUGAGGAAAAAUCCUUUGUAUGUCAAUUGUGUGCUUCCAUUGUUGAUAUCUCCCCUGAUUCACUUUCAAGAAUUAAACAAAACACGGCUCAUUUGACACCUAGCCGAUACUUCUACGUCUCUAGAUACCGAACAUUUCAAUGCCAGAGACCAAACAGAAUAUUUUAGACGAUUUAAGACGUAAGUGAAGAGGUGAACACGCUGAGGGGGGGGUGGGGUGAACCGAAGGUGAGACUGAACUGGGCCACUUGUCUGACGUACGGAGCCUCACACUCUCCCUCGUCAGGCCUCAGGGAAAUGAGUGUGUGGUGGAGGGCAUGUCAACAGCAGCCCAGGUGUGGGGCUGAACCACGUUACCAAAGGAUUUUUUUUUUUUUUUUGUGUGAUUGGCUUUGUCCUCUAACAGAGAGUACCGUCACAUAUGGCUGUUCGCUAGGAGUACUGCUUUGUACGCGUAUCGUGAAAGAAAUUGAUGUUGCAGGAUGCGUUCUCCCUAACAAUGUAGUAUAUACAUGUAAAGUAGUAUAUGUAGUUCUUUCCACCUCGUGCAUUGUGGGAGUUGGAUUCUUGUGAAACAGGUUAAGACAAAAUUAAACAGAUAAGACAUUCAUUGUACUCCUGCUUAUGAAAAAACAUAAGACUGCUUUUGCAACAAUAAAUACAAAAAUAAUUCAAACCUCUGGGCAUACUCCAAAUAUAGCGUCUAUUGUAAACUGAAUGUCAUACCACAGAAACAAGAAUACAAUAUAUUUAUUUGAUAUUAAGGCAACAAAAGCAUGCAAAACUCAAAUUUGUAUUUUGAAAUCUUUAAUGUAUGGUGCAGCUUUGUGCAUACAAACUUGAUUUCCACCCACCGUAAUCAAUUAAAAAAGAUUCUAAGUACUGCCUAACUGCCUUUCUUGAUAUUUCUCUCAAAUAGCUGAAGCAGUCCAACUCUUUUUCAUCAGACCCCUAUUAGUUUACAAAACAAAAUACAUUGUACCGACUGUACCAUUUCUUUCCUUAAAUGCGUUAAUUUGUCAGGUGACCUGGGACCAAAAAUGUUUCACCACCAAAGCCUACAGGGGAGGGGCAAACUUAAGACUAUUAAAAAGCAGUCCCAAAGAAAGAGUUUGUGAUUGGUUGAUCGAUGAAACACAAAAGAAGACCAAUUUUUCUGCUCAUCCCUCCUCUUCCUCCUGCCGCUUUACAACCUUAAAUUCUAUUCCAUUAGGAAAUGCUGUGCCUGUGUUGGGGUGGAGUGGGGUUGGUGGGGUUAUACCCAUUAACCGGGAAUCGCCUACCGCAGCGAGGUCAGAAUAACGUCCGGAAAUCCUCUAGUUCGCUUCUACUGCAGCUUAAUCAACUUCGCCAACACUGUGGUUCUGAACCUCAUCAAGUCUAGCGCUGAGAAACACUUUUUCCCUCCCCACAUGUUUUUAUAGCAGCUGAAUUGGGGGCGGGGGGAGGGAUUGUCGCGUUUGAAUUUGAAAUUCAAAUGCGGCACCCAAAACAAAAUUUGGGUGAGGAUUUGGGUGACUUCCUGCCAAGAAAUGGAGCGACGCACAGCUGUGGCUCAACUAGUGUCCCACAGAUGGACAGUGAUAUUAAAACUUAGAAAAAACGGUCCCUCCCCCUUUACAGCUCCUGCACUCCGAUGUUCCUCCAAGUGACGUUAGAAUGUAUGGGGCGCAUUAGAACAAAAAAAAAGGUGCACAGCAACAUGAGAAGCCAUCGCGGUACUGUUUGAGUCCCCCCACCCCCUGGGAAGUCUUCGUCAACGGUACAUGUUUUUUGGCAGU